AUGAAAAAUAUUCUUUUAACAGCUUUAUUAGUAGCAAUAGUAGUUGCUAGUCUAAGAGGAUCAGACCGAAAGGAACAUAAUAAUCAUAGAGAUUGGAACUAAGAAAGAAAAGGAAGCAAUUCAUAUUCUAGUGGAGAUGAAUAUACUCUUUAUGAUAGUGAUGAUAAAUAUACUCUUUACGAUAGCGAUGAUAAAUAUACACUUUACGAUAGUGAUGAUAAAUAUACACUUUAUGACAGUGAUGAUAAGUAUACUCUUUAUGACAGUGCCGAUGAAGAAUAUCCUGUUUAUGAAAGUGAUGAUAAAUAUACCCUUUAUGACAGUGCAGAUGAAGAAUAUCCUGUUUAUGAAAGUGAUGAUAAGUAUACUCUUUAUGAAAGUGAUGAUAAGUAUACUCUUUAUGACAGUGCCGAUGAAGAAUAUCCUGUUUAUGACAGUGAUGAUAAAUAUACACUUUACGACAGUGAUGAUGAAUAUACACUUUAUGAUAGUGAAUCUAGUGGAAGUAGUUCAGAUAGCGAAUCUGAGUCUUAAGAAUUUAAACAUAGAAAAAAUGGUCACAAUCAAAGACAUAAUAAAUUUGGAAGAAGAGGACCUAUGAGAGGUGGAUUCCAUAAUAGAGAUCAAUAGAACAAUAAUAAAAAACAUCCACAUCCUCCUAGACCUCAAGAUGAGUUCCCAAGAAAAGUUUUCUAGAAUUUAAGAAAAACUGGAAAAGUUAUUUUAGAAGAAUGGAACAUCACUUAGGAUCCAUCACUUAAAAAUGAGAUCAGAGCUGUAUUAAUUGCAAAUUUAGAAAAUUAACUACCUGUUGCUUAAGUUCUAACUCCUACAGAAGUUGUAUCUGGGCCUGCUGAACCCAUUAACACAAUCUAAAGAGAACAUAAUCCUCAUCCUCAUCCACCUACUCCUCCUCGUCCAUAACCUCAAGAUGAGUUUGCUAGAUAGGUUUUCGAAACUCUUCAUUAGAUUGGAUUUGAAAUUCUUGAAUAAUGGAGGAUAGAGUAAGAUGUGGAAGUUAAAAAUCAAAUUAGAGCCAAUUUGAUUUAAUAACUUAGUGAUCUUAUUCCAGUUUAACCAUUGGAAGUAUCAACUACCAUUUUAGAUGCUCCUCUCUAACUUGAAACUGUCUAUGAACAUUCAGUCCCAAGAUUAGCUGAUGAGAAUGGAAAUUGAUA